AUGAAGAAGAAGAAGAAGAAGAAGAAGCCGACGAUGACAAAUGCAGAUGAAAAUGAUUCAAAGUCAGUGAUUCCUAAACCGUGUGACGGCAUUGUUACUAGAUGUGAAGACCAAAGCUCAAUGACUGCAUGCAUUAAGGGUUUUGGAACUGGGUCCAAAGAGCUGACUGUUGUGGUCCAUAAUAGUGGAGAGGAAAUUUUGAAUGUCAAUCUUGAUGGCCCUUAUGGGGGAUCUUUUCCCAAGAGGCUUAGAGUACCAAAACAUGGCACUCAAAAGAUUAAUAUCCCUAUGACUGUAGACGAACCCGGUUCGAUAGUGUUAACUGCUGGAAAUGGAGAUUGUAUACUUCCUCUGGACCCUAAUGUAUCCAACACAUACUUUUUCUCAAAGCUCCCAUCGUACGACAAGUUGUUGACUCCAGUAAAUGGUGCAUACUUCUUGAUUGUAGCAGUGGUAAUACUGGGAGGGUCAUGGGCUUGUUGCAUAUUUAGGAAGAGGAGACAGCAUGAGGACGGUAUGCCUUACCAAGAGCUAGAAAUGGGAAUGCCUGAAUCCAUAGCAGCUACCGACGUAGAAACAACUGAAGGUUGGGACCAGGUUUGGGAUGAUGAUUGGGAUGAAGACAAUGCCGUGAGGUCACCGUUGGGGCGAAAUGUAAUCACUAGUAUAUCAGCCAGUGGCCUCACUGCUAGGUCUUCAAGCAGAGAUGGCUGGGAGGAUGACUGGGAUGAUUAGCUUUAUUUCCUUUUAUUGGAGAAAGUGAAUAGCUUGAAAUCAAAAGAUAGAAGAAAAGGGACUGGAGAUGAUACGAGGAACUGGCAACAUUUGGUUCAAGCAGUUACCAUGUUAAAAUUAACGGUCACCAUGG